UCUACCUUCUUAUUAGUAUCUCAAAUUCUAGCAUUACCGAAAUCAGUAACAUUGUCUAAGUGUACCACUUUUAUUCUUUCAUCAAUCAUAAUCCCAAAAAUGGUUGAUUUAGAGUGGAAAUCAAAGAUGGUAAGGUCCAACAUCAACAUGCACCAUCCCAAGUCCCCAAAACUCACCGUUUCAGACAAAUCCGUACUUCAACCAAACUUACCCGCUUUGCAGCUACAUCUUACACCAAACGACUUCAAAACAGCGUCGUUUUCCCUUUGUGAAGCUUACGACAACUACCUCAGCCUCCCUCAGCUACGAACACUCUGGGCCUCAAACAACUUCCCCAACUGGGCCCACGAACCCAUCAUCAAGCCCGCCCUCCACGCCCUCGAGAUCACCUUCCGAUUCAUCUCAACCGUUUUCUCAGACCCAAGGCCGUAUGCCAACAAACGCGAGUGGGGCCGCAGGCUCGAGUCCCUCGCCAAGGCCCAGGUACAGCUCAUCGCAACGCUCUUCGAGGACCAGGAAGAAAGCCCUGAGACACGUGGCGAAGUUCCGGUUAGUGACAGCAGCAGUAGCGGUUACAGAAGCUACAGCGAGGCUAGCUUGCUUCCAAGGCUCGCCACGUGGCACAGAUCCAGGGAUGUGGCUCAGAGAAUCCUCGCCACCGUGGAAGCCGAGAUGACGAGGUGUCCGUACACUAUAGGCUUGGGCGAACCAAACCUCGCCGGAAAACCGAUCCUCCGUUACGACGCCAUUUGCAGGCCAAACGAGCUUCAUUCCCUCGAAACGACGCCGUUUGAUCACGUGGAUAACUUCGAGAACUUGAAUCUCCGCGCGACGCACCAGAUUGUGGAGUCCUGGUCACGCGCCGCGCGCGUGCUGCUCGAGAGUGUUGCGGAGUCGGUGGAAGGAAGAAGGUUCGAGAAGGCGGCGAGGGAGUGCUACGCAGUGGAGCGGAUCUGGAAGCUUCUAACGGAGAUCGAGGAGCUUCACUUAUUGAUGGAUCCAAACGAUUUGAUGAAGCUGAAGAAGCAGAUCGAGAUUCGGUGUUUCGGCGAUACGGCGGCAUUUUGCUUUCGGUCGAAGGAGCUAGUGGAGGUGACGAAGAUGUGUAGGGAGAUGAAGAGGAUGGUGCCGGAGAUAUUGGAGGUGGAGGUUGAUCCGAAGGGAGGGCCGGGGAUAGUGGAGGCCGCGAUGAGGGUUUAUGCGGAAAAGAAGGAGAGUGUGGUGGAGGUGUUCCGAGCCUCGAUGCAGCAAAGACGUUCCUGGGGUAUUAUUGGGACACGAAAAUGCCCUUGCUUGACACUGACAUUUGAAUGGCACUGUCAUUGUCUUGACGCUUGA